AUGCCUAAACUACGUAAACAAUCGGCACUACAACGUCAACGAAUUAUGAGGCAACAUCUUCACAGUUACCGUGAACGGAAUUUAAAUGACGAUCGGCUCAGAAACUCUCAACAGUUAGCAACAAGGAGACAGGAUCCUGAAUAUAGAGAAAAUGAGCGAGAAAGGGAUAGAGCAGCACAUUCAACUCGGCGCCAAGCAGUAAACUAUAGAUCUGCGGAACAAGAACGGGAUAUUUUGGCACACUCUAUUCUCCGAAUGAAUUCCAGUUAUCGAGCAACUGAACAGGCGCGCGAUGCUUUGGCUCACGCUAAUCGAAGAAUGGAUCCAACGUAUAGGGAAGAAGAACAACAGAGGGACACAUUGGCCCAUUCAGUUCGAAGGAUGGAUCCGACGUACAGGGAGGAGGAACAACAAAGGGACACGGUAGCCCACUCAAUGCGAAGAAGGGAUCCGACGUAUCGCGAAGAAGAGCAAGAGAGGAAUACACUUGCACACUCUAUCCAUCGGAUGAAUGCGACAUUUCGGGAAGGAGAACAAGAGAGGGAUACUGUGGCUCGAUCUGUUCGGAGAAUGGAUCCAACAUACCGGGAGGAGGAACAACAGAGGGACACUUUGGCCCACUCUAUUAGGAGAAUGGAUCCAACUUACAGGGAGGAGGAACAACAGAGGGACACUUUGUCCCACUCUAUUCGGAGAAUGGAUCCAAGUUACCGGGAGGAGGAACAACAGAGGGACAGUUUGGCCCACUCUAUUAGGAGAAUGGAUCCAACUUACCGGGAGGAGGAACAACAGAGGGACACUUUGGCCCACUCUAUUCGGAGAAUGGAUCCAACAUACCGCGAGGAGGAACAACAGAUGAACACUUUGGCCCACUCUAUUAGGAGAAUGGAUCCAAGUUACCGGGAGGAGGAACAACAGAGGGACACUUUGGCCCACUCUAUUAGGAGAAUGGAUCCAACUUACCGGGAGGAGGAACAACAGAGGGACACUUUGUUCCAUUCUAUUCGAAGAAUGGAUCCGGCGUAUCGUGGAGAGGAACGAGAAAGGGACUCUUUGGCAAGAUCUAUUCGGCGACAAAAUGAAGAAUACCGCCAAGUCGAAAGAGAGAGAGACACAGCAAUGCACCGAGUACGUCGAAGAAAUCCAGUUUUCCGUAUUAUGGAACAAGAGCGGAACACUUCAGCUCGUCGUGUCACCAGACAAAGAAAAUAUAAACAUGAGACAAGCUCUGAGAAGUUCAGCAAGGAGAAGAAAUUUGUCGCCGGAUUCGAGGUCACAACAACAAAUUCAAGAUACUUUGAGGUGCAGAGCUAG